CCUUUUGUACGUUUGUAUGUUUGUAUUUUUGCAUUUUUGCAUUUUUUCAUUUUUGCAUUUUUGCAUUUUUGCAUUUUUGCAUUUUUGCAUUUUCGCAAUUUCGUAUUUUUUCACUCUCUCACUUCCACGUCGGCAAAAGCUCCUUUUCCACGUCGCGUGCAGCAUCCCUGUGCAAAAAAAAAAAAUAAAAGAGUGCUUUUGUAGCAAGCAUAUGAUAAGUGUGCCCUUUUUUUUUACUAUAAUAUUUUUAUUACAAUUUUUUUAUUGCAAUUUUUUUUUUUUUCUGCUCGCGCUUGUGUAUACCUCCUUGUGUUGGCCUAUUCCCUUUGCUCGCUUGGCAAUUUGAUGAUCCACCCGCGCGGUAGUGUACUUGCAUACGGUGUGUUAGGAUACUCCCCACGUUGAGUGUAUUCCUAUUGAGUUAACCCCUUUGUGUGUAGCCCUUUGUGUGUACCACCUUUUUUUUCCCCCCCUCCUGAGUCAAUUUCCCACAAAUGGCGGACGUGCUGAACAUUUCCAAAAUCCCCAUUUUUUCGAAAAAGGAAAAAAAAUUUAGCGAUUUGCAGAAGAGCAAAGAGGCCAAUGAGAAGAUCCUGAGCAAAGAGACGGACCGAUUUACGCUGUACCCCAUUUUGUACCCAGACGUUUGGGAUUUUUACAAAAAGGCGGAGGCGUCCUUCUGGACGGCCGAGGAAAUUGACUUGUCCAGCGAUUUAAAAGAUUUCGAAAAAUUAAAUGAUAAUGAAAAACAUUUCAUAAAACACGUGUUGGCCUUCUUUGCAGCCAGUGAUGGAAUUGUUUUGGAAAAUCUAGCGAGCAAAUUUUUACGCCAAGUGAAAAUAACCGAGGCAAAGAAAUUUUACGCCUUCCAAAUUGCUGUAGAGAAUAUCCAUUCGGAGACAUACAGCUUGUUGAUUGACAAUUACAUAAAAGACGAGAAGGAGAGAAUGAAUCUCUUUCACGCGAUUGAAAACAUCCCCGCUGUGAAAAACAAAGCUUUGUGGGCAGCCAAAUGGAUAAAUGAUACCAACUCUUUUGCAGAAAGGAUAGUAGCCAAUGCAUGUGUGGAGGGCAUCCUAUUUAGUGGGAGCUUCUGUGCCAUCUUUUGGUUUAAGAAGCAGAACAAAUUGCACGGACUCACCUUCAGUAAUGAGUUAAUUAGCCGAGAUGAAGGGCUCCACACAGAUUUUAACUGCCUCAUUUAUAGUCUCCUCGAAAAUAAACUACCUGAAGAAGUGGUUCAAAAUAUUGUGAAAGAGGCCGUAGAGGUGGAGCGCUCUUUUAUUUGCGAAUCAUUGCCCUGUGACUUGAUUGGAAUGAACUCAAGACUGAUGUCUCAGUACAUAGAAUUCGUGGCGGACAGAUUGUUAGAGUGUCUGGGGUCUCCCAAAAUAUUCCACGCGAAGAACCCCUUCAACUGGAUGGACCUCAUUUCUCUGCAGGGCAAAACCAACUUUUUCGAGAAGCGGGUCGCCGACUAUCAGAAGUCGGGGGUCAUGGCGCAGAGGAAGGACCAGGUCUUUUGCCUCAACAGCGACUUCUAGGGGGGGAGCGCUUACGGGCAAAGGGUAGACUGGUAGAAGCGUAGAAGUGUAGACCUUCAGAAGCGUAGGCGCCAUUUGCCCCGACGGCCCAUAUGCAUGCUUCGCCACGCUUAUGCGUGCGGCGCCACCCUGCAUGACGAUGCCCCCUUUUCAACACCCCUGCUGUGUUGCCAUGCACAUGUGUUUCUCCCAAUUGUGCCGGCGAGCGAAGCGGGGAAAGCGGUUUCUUUCGCCACAUCCCUUCACUUGGCUCGUUCUUUGUUUACAGUGACGAACACGGAAACGAACUAUGCUUCUUGAAAUGUGAAAAGAUGAAG